ACCACCCGCAACCAUGUCUGCCACACUGCUCCUCAGCGAUGCGCCCGCCGGCACGCACGGCACGGCGCAGCUUAAGCCCGAGUAUGUGCUGUCGCAUCGCAGCGCAGACAGCGGCGCACGCGACGACGACGCCGCCGAGGCGGCCACGAGCCACGUCGGCGACGGCGCCGAGCCGCCGGGCAAGAAGCUCAAGGGCGCCGCCCGCAAGCGUGCCGCGCGCCAGAAGCAGGAGGGCGGCUCGGUGAACCGAGCGCGCAAGUUCAACAAGAUGAGCGACACGAAGAUCAAGGGCAUCUGCCAUGCUGUGGCGCGAGGCGCGACGUGCGAGCGCGGCAACCACUGCAAGUUCUCGCACUCGAUCGACGACUUCCUGGCGUCCAAGCCAGCGGACCUCAGCUUCAUCGUGCCUCCACACCCGACGUCCGCGCUCAAUGCGGCGUCUGCCGAUGACCAGAUGCGCUAUCUGGACGCCCACUACGGUACAAGCCCGCCGUUUGUGCUGCCAGCGCCCGAGAGUGAAGCAUCUGUGCCGCGCUGCCCGGCGUUUGAGGCGCACGUGGCGAAAAACGGCGGCGAGGCCAAUGGCUGCCCGGCCGGCUGGAAGUGCCGCUUCCUCAGUGCCCACAUCGAGACGUCGGAAGGUGGCGAGCGCCGGCUGAAGCAGGUGCAGCAGCGCGACUUCGUCAGCGGCACGGCGCCCAUGUCGCCCGACGAGCUCAACUACGUCAAGACCGAGACGACCCGGUCUCUCUCCAAGCGCAGCUACCCGCUGCCAAUGAGCCGCGCUGUUCUGGCCAUCCUGCAGAACGAGACCGACGCGGAGUCGAAGGACAAGAAGCCCUUCGGCGUGGACGCAGAGGCUGCACGCGUUGCAUUCGAUGCCGAGCAGGCACGCAAAGCCGCCGCAGCCGCAGCGCCUGCCGCAGCGAAGACCGAAAUCGACUUCGAAGAGCUCGAGAACGCCAUGAGCAAGCCGCAGCAGCGCGCAGCCGAGGCAGAGGCGAGCGGCAGCCGGCAGGGCGCGCCUGACUUUGCGCGGAUCCGCGCACCGGAGAAGCGGCGACUCAACUGGAAGAACCAGCUGUAUCUGGCGCCCCUGACGACCACGGGCAACCUUCCCUUCCGGCGGCUCUGUGUCACGCAGGGUGCCGACAUCACCUGCGGCGAGAUGGGACUUGCCGAGAGCUACUUGCAAGGCAGCAGCAGCGAGUGGAGUCUUGCACGGCGCUGGGAGGGCGAGCGGCAGUUUGGCGUGCAGCUGUGCGGCUCCAAGCCUGCUCUGCUUGUGCCAGCGGCCGAGGCGCUGCAGGCCGAGAUUGGCGGAGGGCUUGACUUCGUCGACAUCAACUGCGGCUGCCCUAUUGAUCUGAUCUACGGCCGUGGAGCAGGCUCCGCCUUGCUGGACGCUCCGUCUCGGCUGUCGCGGAUCGUGCGUGGUGUCAGCGCGGUCAUGGGCGAGACGCCGGUGACCAUCAAGCUGCGCACCGGCACGUCGUCGACGCGCACGGUGCACAAGCUCUUCCCGCGCCUGUCGAGCGAGCUCGGCGUCGGCGCGGCCACGCUGCAUGGCCGCUCGCGUCAGCAGCGGUACAAGAACGAGGCCGACUGGUCUUACAUUGGCGAAUGCGUGCGGACAUACCGCGACACGGUGCGCGCGCACAACGAGGAGGCUAAGCACGCCGACCAGGAAGAGAUGCACGAGGUGCCCAUCUUCGGCGACGGCGACGUCUACGACUUCAAGUCGUAUCACGAGCGCCGUGAGCUCUCAGACGUCGACGGCGUGAUGAUUGCGCGCGGCGCGCUGAUCAAGCCGUGGAUCUUCACUGAGAUCAAGGAGCGGCGCGACUGGGACAUCAGCAGCCGCGAGCGCCUCGACCUCGUCCGCCAGUACUCCGAGUGGGGCCUCACACAUUGGGGCUCCGACACACAGGGUGUGCAGGCGACACGGCGCUUCCUCUGCGAGUAUCUCUCCUUCACCUCGCGCUACGUGCCGAUUGGCUUGCUGGAGCACCGCGCCAAGAUGAACGACCGGCCGCCGACGUUCCGCGGGCGCGACGAGCUCGAGACGCUGCUGGCGUCGCAGGACUCGCAGGACUGGGUGCGCAUCAGCGAGCUCUUCCUCGGCCCCACGCCCGACGAGUGGGCCUUUACGCCGAAGCACAAGAGCAACUCGUACGCCGACGGCGGCGGCGAGCAGCAGGGCUGAGCGCGCGGCAAUGCCAGACAGUGCGCCGCAGAGGGGCC